AUGUCGUUCUACGAAUUGUUUCGUUUUGUUGUGCUUUUCUCAUCAGCUUUUGCUUUCAACAAAACCGAGACCAUUUCAUUCGGAAACUGCAUUAUUUCUGCACUUCGUCCGCUGGAAAACAUCGAUGGAAAUUUCAUUCAUAUUUUCUCGCACGAUGGAAACCUGAAUGGUAAUUUAUUCCAUAAUAUCGCACAUCGAUCAAAUCAAAGUUUCAUUAUAUCGAACAAAAUAAUAAAAUUUUUCAACGAGUAUUAUCGCAGGAUACCUUCUGCUUACGUAAUAUUUACACCUAGUUUACACCACUUGAGAAAAUUAUUCGAUGUAAUCGACGUAUCUCAUUAUAAUUGGUACCCCAGGCAAAGAAUCGUGGUGGUGUUUACCGAAACAGUAGUAUCUUCUAAUGAGAGACUAAUAGCCGAAGAUAUUGUAAUAAUUUUAAACGAUUACGAUAUCACCGAUGUAUUGAUAUUGCUUAAUAGUAAACAUUCAACGAGAGCCUAUACUUGGUUCCCAUUCAGUGCCAGAAAUCAUUGCAGAACUCGUGCUCAUGUUACUUUACUCGAUGAAUGUGGCGAAAAGAGACCUAUAUUUCGCAAGAAUCUGUAUCCUACAAAAAUACCACAAAAAUUUACCGGAUGUGUUUUCACAAUGGGUGGAUUUCAUUGGCCACCGUACGUGUACUAUGACAACAUUACGAAGAAUUUUAGCGCCGGAUAUAAUUACAUAGCGCUUAAUUUAUUGGCUGAAAAACAUAAUUUAACUUUAAAAUACGCCAGUGCCGAAGAAGGAAGUCGUUGGGGAUCGCAACUUGAUAAUGGAACGUGGACCGGUGGUCUUGGAUUAUUGCAAAGAUCCACCGCUGAUAUAUCAACUGGAGGUAGUUUGAUGACGAUAAUGCGAAUGAAUACUUUCGAUUGUUCUACCACUUAUAAUUCUAUUUAUAUGAAAUUCUAUUUGGUUCUACCAUCCAAACUACCCCACUGGAAAAACAUGAUAGACAUCUUCUCUACGCAAUUUUGGUCGAUAAUCGUGGCGGUUUACUUGAUAAUCUCUUUCAUAAUGUAUUUCGUGUCUAAUUUGAAUAAAAAGGCCGAAAAAUUAUAUUACAGGCGACUCUCGAAUACUUUUCUAAUUCUUUGGGGAGUCGCAUUCGGUAAUUCCACAAAUUGCAUACCAAAGUCGCAAGCGGUCCGUAUCAUUUUCUUUUUAUGGCUAAUCUAUAAUUUCCAUAUCACGCUGGUGUAUACUUCGUCUUUAUUGAGUUUUAUUACGAAGCCAGCGUACGAAGAUCCGAUACGAACCUUAAAACAAUUAUCACGUACUGAUUUAAAAAUAGUCAUGGUUAAACAAUUCGCACAAAUCAGUAGUAAAAUGGAUGAAGAUUUCAGAGCUCUGUUGGCGAGUAAAACUGAUCCACAACUAGAUCACAUUGAAACUAUCGAGGAAAUGUUGAAAAGAAAAGAUGUGGUUGUGUUGGAUACUGCUGAUCAUUUUGAAAUAUUUGCAAAAGAUAAAUUGAAUAAAGUUUACAGCUUGGACGAUUUUGUCAGGUUGAAUCCGUGUUUAUAUUUGAGAAAAGGCUCUGUAUUUCUGAAAUACGUGGAUCAUAUCCAAUUAGACGUUUAUGAAAAUGGCAUGUUUCAAAAACUAAUGGAAGACUACAGAGAUCUUCGUAAAAAUGAGAAACUUUCACGCAAUAGUUACAAUGAGGUGCUUCCAUUAAUGUUUCAAGAAUUAUCUGGAUCUUUUUACGUUUUAUUAUUCGGAUUAUCCCUUUCGAUUGUUACGUUUUUUGUGGAAAUCAUUUACAAAAAAAUUAAAAUGUAA